CCAAAAUCGAGUUUUCGAAAGAUGACGCGAGCGGCGUGGCGCGUCUGGUGUUGACGAACGCGAGCGGUCGCAACGCGAUGACUGGCCGAAUGUUCCUCGACUUGGAGCGGAUAGUGCAGGAGUUGGGGGCGUGGCCUGCGGGGAAAUUGGUCAUCGUGUCGGGGGCGAAUGGCCAAUUCUGUUCGGGUGGCGAUCUGCGCAUCAUGAAGCGGCUCUGUGACCCGCAUAGUGGGUACACAAUGCAUCGGUUCAUGAGUGAUUUGCUGCGUAAAUUUAGGCGCCUCCCACAGCUGUCAUUGGCCAAAGUGGAGGGCUGGGCGAUAGGGGGCGGGGCCGAGUUGACGUGCACGUGCGAUCUGCGUGCGUUCCACGUGAAUUCGCGGUUUGGCUAUGUGCAGUCGAAGGUUAGUGGCUGGUCAUUUUCGGUUCUUUGGUUUGCUGGUGCGAGCGGCAAUGGGCGGGGUAAAGAGAGGCUACGCCCAUUGGUUGGGUAUUUUCUGACGAUAAGACCCCGCCCAUUUCGGCAAGCUCCGCCCACUAUUGGCGUCACGCCAGGUUGGGGUACCGCCUUAGACUUCUUCCGCAUCGUUGGUCGUGCGCGCGCCACUGAGAUGCUCGCCAUGGGUACGGUAUUGAAGGGGGCGGAGCUUGCGGGAAAGGGGCGUGGCUUAGCUAAUCUAGUCUAUUCGAGCGAAGCGGAAUUUGAGGAAUAUGUUAACAAAUUGCUAGUGAAUAAUGUGACUCUGUUGAGGUCAAUCAAAAAAUUGGCACUUGUCCAUGAUUUGAAUGAUAAUAAUAUUAAUAUUAAUAAUAUAUAUAAUAAUAAUAAUAAUAUAAAUAAUAAUAAUAAUGUGGAAAAUAUGGAUUUGGAAGGGAAAAAAUCAUUUUUGGAUCGCGAAGUAUUUUGUGAGAAU